ACCACGACUAUGUUAGAUGCCUAGUGAAGUGUAACCUGGCAGAGGUGACAGUGGAAAUGGGGGACUGGACCCAGGAGCUGGGGACCCUGGGAGACGGAGUCCUGAACCGCCUGGCGGAAAUGCUGGACAACCCAAAGUGCGGCUGGAGACAGCUGGCAGCCGCCGUCACCGAACAGCCCAAGUUCCGCUGCAGUGAGAAGGAGCUACUGAAUUGCUCCCUGCAGGUGCUUAGUGCCACUGGCAGCCCGAGUCGCCUGCUGCUCUCCAUGCUGGCUGAUCGCUCCUGUCCCCUGGCCUUCCUGCUGCACUGCCUUCGGAAAAUCGAUCACCGUUCCGCUGUGCAGUACCUCAUUGCCACAGUGAUCCGGAUCAUCGUACAGCCGCAGUCCCAGUGUGAACCGGAUGGAUGCCGGCUAGUCCUCACCUGUCAGGCAGAGGGUCCCAAAGGGAUGGCGUACCAGUGGUUUAAAGGGAAAGAGGAGGUGCCCAACGGUCAGAACCCUGACCUGGUCUUGUGCCCUUUCGUAGCGAGUCAACAAGGUCACUAUAUCUGUCGCGUCAGCCACGGGGAGAACUUUGUCUACUCCCAGUGGGCGAAGGUGCAGCUUGCCAGUGGGAGCUGCUCCAAUUCAGAUGCUCGGGAUGGCUUCCUCCCCUCCUCAACGAGCAGCCUGCGAAUUACCCAGCAGCCCCGGUCCCUGUCCGUGUGUGAGGGAACCCCUCUUCGCCUGGAAUGUGUUGCUGAGGGCAACCCCCCACCUCAGUACCAGUGGUACCAUAACAACGAACCAGUACCACAGGCUACCCGGCCCAGUCUUGAGAUUUCCUGCGCCACCACUUCCAGCAGGGGGCAGUAUAGUUGUAAGGUGUUCAACCUGUACCACGACAUCCGGAGUGAGGAGAUCCACGUGGAGAUUGGUCCUGGAUCAUUCCUUUGCUCGUCGUUUGAAGAAAAUGAUGAUGGGUAUAACCCUCCACCUGCUCGACAGCACAGCAGAUUCUAUGCCACUGACAAGGUGGCCCUCCUCAUGGGCAACAUGAACUACCAGCACCACCGGCAGCUGCGAGCCCCCAUGGCUGACGUCCACCAGCUCUGCAACCUGCUGCGACAGCUGGAUUUCAAGGUAGUCUCUCUGCUGGACCUGACACUGCAGGAGAUGCACAGCGCUGUCACAGAGUUCCUGCUGCUUCUGGAUCGCGGCGUCUACGGACUGCUGUACUUUGCCGGCCACGGGUAUGAAAACUACGGGAACAGCUUCAUGGUGCCCAUAGACGCGCCUUCCUCCUACACGUCUGAGCAUUGCCUGUGGGUGCAGGAUGUGCUGCGACGGAUGCAGGGGCGUCAGACCGGCCUCAACGUCUUCCUGUUGGACAUGUGUCGCAAGCGGAACCUGAAUGAUGAUGUCAUUCCCCAGCCGGGCCCUCUGAAGGUGACCGCCAACAUCGUGUUUGGAUACGCCACAUGUGUAGACGCUGAGGCGUACGAGGUGAACAAGGAUGGCCUCUCCAACGGCAUCUUCAUGAGCUUCCUCACACGGCGCCUCCUGGAGGACGAGAAGGUCACUGUCAUGCUGGACAAGGUCGCUGAAGACAUGGGCCACUGUGACAUCACGCGGGGCAGACAGGCAUUGGAGUUGCGCAGUAACCUGUCGGAGCGUCGAGCCCUGACGGACCGCGUACAGAACGGAGACUCCCCUGAAAUCACGUCCGUGCGGAACCUGCAGUGGGCCGUCGCUAACGUGCUCCCGGACAGCCUGUACUUGCGGUUCGAGUGCGGCGUCACGGUGCAGCUGGGUUUCGCAGCCGAGUUCUCCAACAUCAUGAUCAUCUACGCCAGCGUGCUGGAGAAGCCGGAUGCCGUGAUGACAUGCACCGCCCAGCUCGCUGACUUCUCUGAGGAUGUGGGUGUGGAGCUGAAGCUGACCAAUCAGGAGAGCCCGAUGGAUGCUGGGAGUCUGCUGUUCACGGCAGAGACCCUGGCCCAGCCCGGCUUCCCGAGCCUCUACACGCGCCUCAGCGCCCUGCAGAGGUUGAAGAAUGAGCUGUCAUUCUCGGUGUGCCUUCACUACCGGUACGCCAGCAUGGACGAUGAGAUACAGGAGACCAGGUUGGUCUCUGUGGGUAAACCGCUGGUGUCCAAGCUGAACCUGCACCAGCCACGCCUCCCCCGGUCCUUUUCUGCCUCCUCCUCCUGCGACCUCCACUGCUUCAGCCUCCCGGAGUCCUCCUCCUUCCCAGAUGGUCUGGAUGGCCAGCUCCCCGCCUCGGAGACCUCUUCCAUCGGCUCGGCCUCCACAUGCUGGUCCUUCUACCAGCCUGGGGAGUUUCCUGAUAGCCCUUCCCCUGCAAAGGUGAACCUGCCUGAGGAGACGGUGAGCCCCGAGUUCCUGGAUCCAGACUUGCCCAGGCCUCUCUCUGCAGACAUCAGGAGCCUGCCGCUUGAUAAUAUGGAGAGACUCUCCUUGCGCUUCCGAAGCAAGCAGAACUUCUCCUUCUAGGAAUCUUCCACUCUGUCGUGUGGUAGCUUUUCUCACAAGGCCCACUAACAACAGCAGACACACAUUUUGCUUAUUUUUAUUACUAUUGUAUUAACAGCAGUUAACCUCAGAGGUCUGUGUACUGUGAAAAGACAAGAGGACCAAUAAUGUGUCUGUUGUUAUCUAACAAAUCAGUGAGCUCUUGUUCACUGGAUUGUUUGGUUAAUAAGACCCUUAGACUUCUGCUUUUAAAAACAUACUGACUGUUUUUCAGGGUUUUUUUUCUUCCUGUUUUUAACUUUUUCAAGGAAAGUUUUUAAGAGUUAAAAUGUAUAUUUGACAGUGACGGCAUUUGGCAACUUUUGAGAAGCCUCACCACAGGUGACUAAAAUCACAUGCAGUACCUCAGUUCUACCACAGGGCGCCACUGUGUGCAGUCGAAGCAUUUUGUGUAAUUCGCAAUUUUUGCUGGAAACGUUGUGGUUUUUAUAAUGUGACAGCUUUUAUGGGCAUUUCUUUCAGAUGUAACAUUUAUCACUGCUUUACUCACUCUGGUGUGGACCUGCCGAAAAGGGCAGAUGCUGAUUGUCCGCUGAGGGGUACAGAUUUGUCAGCUUGGGUCUGGAGGUCUUAGCGAAUGCUGCCCACCUCCUUCAGGCUCUGUAACCCUCUGACCAGGGAUGGAGCCAUCUGGGAGGCCAUUUUGGGCUGGUGUGAGGGGUGGGGGGGGAGGGGUCACUGGGUUGCCUGGAGUUAUUGUGUAAGAAGCGAUAGAAGGAGUGAACCGGCGCCUCCUAGUGUGAUUUACGGAACGCUCACUCACCCUCCCAGCUGUAACCCAAUCGCACGCUCAUAUUUUGGCAGACAUCACCACACCGUAAUCCCUCCCCAUUUGCUUUUUUUUCUAUCUAAAAAUCGAAUGUCUGCCCAUUUCGUGUUUUCAAUGACCCCCUAAAGAGGAGCGUGUCCUCAGUUGCGUUUUCCACUCUUCCGCUUGUUCUGCUUCCUGGCCCUUAAAAUCCUUUCUUUCUCUGUCUUCUGGUCUUUGAGCCUUUGACGCGAAGCAAAUACUUGGGAGGGAGCUGUCAUUUUGUGGACACAUUUUUGGGUCUCGUGUCUCAGCUGAAUGUUCUCUGGGGCAGUGUUUCCCAAAGCGGUCCCCUAGAACCCCCAGAAAAUCCAUGUUUUUGCUCCCUCCCAGCUCCCGGUAGCAAAAACGUGGACCAUCUGGGGGUCCCUGAGGACCGGGUUCAGAAACACUGGCCUGGAGGGUCGCACCUAUCUGGGGACGCCUGUGAACCCAGACACACACCAACACACACGUGAAGCCGUUAACAGUCAGCUCGUCUGCGUAUUAAAAACAGGGAAAGUCAAAUAAUCUACAGGCAUCAAACGGAGAAGCCAGAUAAGCAUGUCACGUGACACAUAAUUGAAAAGCUUGCACUGGGAGCACUGGCCUUCAGAGCACAGUCCGUGACGGGUUUAUUUUUUUUUAUCUUAGCCGGCAUACCUUUUCAGUACAAACCGGAAGUUUCCAUUUUUCCAUACAUGCAGAAUUCCUCAAGGAUCCAUUUUAGGUCCUAUUCUGUUUUCUCUUUAUAUGCUGUAUUUCAUAAGCACAAGAUCUCAUUUAACUGCUAUGCUGACUCCCAGAUUUACCUUCUACUGAAACCCUGUGACCCACGGUGAUGAACUUACUUUCUUUACUGACAGACAUUAAGGCUUGAACUUUUUAUAAUUAAACGAUAAGACCAAAAUUAUCCUCCUCAGGUCAUCAAAUCGCACUCUCCCUGUCAUUGAGUAUCUGGAUCAACUUUAUACUUUUUUGAAAGAUCGUGCACUAAACUCGGGUGUAAUCUUUGACCGUGAUUUUAAAUUUGAUCAGCUAAUUAAUUCUGUAGUUAGAUCAGCUUUUUGCCAUCUUAGAAAUAUCUCGAAAGUUAAAUCAUUUCAUGAGAAAUUCAUGCCCCGAUUUCAUUCUGCUUAGAUUAUUGUAACUCUCUCUUUCUUGCCUACAGCUAGUUCGGCAUACGCCCCAGUGAUGCUAUUGACAAGACAAAAAAACAGGAUCACAUAACGUCUAUAUUGGCCGAUUUGCACUGGCUCCCAGUCCAGUAUAGGAUUCAGUUAAAAAAUUUACUGAUUGUCUUUAUGGCUUUGAAUGGGUUGUGUCCAGACUAUGCGUCAGAUUUCCUUGCCUAACAUUGUGGGCCCAGACGGCUGAGGUCCUCUGAUCCACUUUUACUUUCUGUACCAGGAGGCUGGCAUAAGUGAGAAGGUGACUGUGCUGGCUCUGUGCACACACCUAACCUCUGGAACACUCCUCCAUUGGAGGUUAAGUCCUCUCCUUCAGUCUCUUUUUAAAUCGUGAUUAAAAACAUAUUUCUAUAGACUGGCUUUUAGUUCUGACUGUUGACAGUUAUUUUACUAUUUUAGCCCUUGUUUCUUGUAUUAUAUUGUGAUUAUGGGGUUUUAUUUUUGUUUUGUUCGUGCUAAUUUUGUACAGCACUUUGGAAUACUUCUGUUUAAUUGUGCUUCAGAAAUAAAAUUGACAUUACAUUGUU